UCCCCAGGCCAGCGAGAUGGCGGAUCCCCGCUCCCGCGUCCCUCCUCCUUACGGGACAGAAGCGUACGAUCUGGGUGCGCUCAAUGACGACCAGCAGCAGCGGCUCUAUCAGUUCAAGAUAAACACUCGAAUAGCCAAUGAAUAUUAUUUGAGGAACCAUCCAGAGGUGGAGUUGUUGCUGGGAGAGUUUAUGAGAUCUGUACUCCUGGAGCGACCGGACAACAUUCGGGAAUUUGCCUCCACUUACUACACAGAUGCAAGGCUGCCUGAAAAGAUCCAGAUGAUGGUGAAGGAGCGAGCGAGGGAGAUGGAUCAGUGUUGAGUACAUUCGUCACUUUGAGAGGGAGAGCUGUCCUACCAGGACAUGGGCUCUGAUCACUGUGGAUCUGAAAUAUAUUCUGCUGUAAUCUCAUUCCUGGAAUCAAUUAAACUUGUGUGUGCGUGA